AUGCGACUUGCUGCACUAUCAGACAACGAUGCAAAUGAUUUAGAAAAGAUAUAUGAAGAGCCAACGAAAAUGCCACCAGGAGACCACCAGCUUCAGUCACCUUCUCAUAGAGGUGGCAUUUCAAGUGAUAUUGGGAGAGGGGUACCACUUCCGUCAAGAUUAUAUCUCGAAUUCGUUCUAGCAUGA